UGUUAAUCACGCAAGGGAACAGAGAAGAGGGAGAGAGAGAGGGAAUAUCCAAAAGGAUAUGACAAUGGAGGUGACCGAAUAUUCUUUUACGCGGAGAUUCCAUCUUGUAGUUUAGGUUGGCUAUAGUUAUGAAUCUUCGUCAUCCCUCCUUUUCUUCUUCAAUCCUCCAUUCUCGUCAUUUUCCAUAUAAACCCAUCUCUUCCUCCUCCAAAACCUCACCACCCACACCAUCAUUAUUCUCUAAAGUCUCACUAUUCUUCAAUAACCGACAAAAAAUGGCUCUUAAAGCUGUUCAUGUUUCCGAUGUUCCUAAUCUUGAUCAUGUUCCUGAUAAUGCCUCUCUUUCUCUUUACUCUUCCACCACCCGCUGCUCCUCCAAAGUUAAAACGGUGCCGUGUAAGGCAUCCGAGUUUAUGGUUGUUGGACACAGAGGAAGCGGAAUGAAUAUAUUGACUUCAAAUGAUCAGAGAAUGAAAGCAAUUAAAGAAAACUCUAUUUUGUCUUUCAAUUCUGCUGCUACUUUCCCUAUUGAUUUCAUCGAAUUCGAUGUUCAGGUGACCAAAGAUGGCUGCCCUAUCAUUUUCCAUGACAACUUCAUACUCUCGGAAGAUAAUGGCACUAUUUUUGAGAAGAGAGUUACAGAGCUAUGCUUAUCUGAGUUUCUCUGCUAUGGUCCCCAAAAAGAAGCAGGGCAGAUGGGGAAAUCCUUGCUAAGGAAAACAAAAGAUGGGAAAAUUGUGAAUUGGAAUGUAGAGAAAGAUGACUGUGUUUGCACUUUGAAAGAUGCUUUUCAACAAGUGGACCCUUCUUUGGGCUUCAAUGUAGAAUUAAAAUUUGAUGAUCAUAUUGUUUACCAACAGGAUUAUCUCAACUAUGUUCUUCAAGCCAUCUUGCAGGUGGUGUUUGAGUAUGGUCUUGAUAGACCCAUUAUCUUCUCAUCUUUCCAACCUGAUGCAGCACUGCUCGUUAGACAACUGCAGUGUACCUACCCUGUUUACUUUUUGACGAAUGGGGGAACUGAGAUUUUCUAUGACACAAGGAGGAAUUCUUUAGAGGAGGCUAUAAAGGUGUGCUUGGAGGGUGGUUUGCAUGGGAUUGUAUCUGAGGUCAAAGGGAUUUUCAGGAAUCCCGGGGCAGUGGCUAAAAUUAAGGAGGCCAAGCUUUCUCUUCUGACAUAUGGGAAAUUGAAUAAUGUGUCCGAAGCUGUGUACAUGCAACAUUUGAUGGGUAUAGACGGAGUGAUAGUUGAUCUAGUUAAAGAGAUUACGGAGGCUGUAUCUGAUAUGAUAAAGCCAGCUAAGGUGGACGACGAGGAGAGCAACUUAGCUGAAAAGGACAGUGAGAUGGAAAUGAAGUCAAUUCCCCAGUUCUCCCAGAAGGAGCUCUCGUUUCUUUUGAAGCUUAUUCCACAACUGAUACAGGAGUGAUGAUACAAAAGAACAUGUUUGUUUGCUAAAGUUCCUCAAUUCUUUUUGGCCCCCUUCUCUGUUGUGGCUUAUCUUGUAUAUAUUGUAAUCCCUUGGUGGGGACCGGGCAUACAUAUGUCGCACGAAGGCAAAAGAAAGAGUCAGCAUGUCUGUAGUAUCAAAUCGAGAUUAAUGAUAGUUUCGGUGCUUUCUCUUGAAACAAUUUUAAAUUCAAGAGUGUCA